UUAGUUAGCGUCAGUUUCGGGUAAAACAUGAGACUAAUGUUGCCAGUGGAAUUAAUCCUUUGUGUCUCCCUGACGCCGGUUUGCUCUGCUGUGUUGCCUCUUGUUAUUAACACUUGGCCCUUCCAGGACGCGACGGCGACAGCGUGGAGCACGCUCAGCUCUGGCGGCUCAGCGCUGGACGCCGUGGAGAAGGGCUGUGCCCAGUGUGAAAUCCUGCAGUGCGACGGCAGCGUUGGCUAUGGAGGGAGCCCAGACGAGACGGGAGAGACCACGCUGGACGCCAUGAUAAUGAAUGGUGACACAAUGGAGGUCGGGGCAGUGGGGGACCUCAGGCGAAUUAAGAAUGCCAUCGGUGUGGCGAGAGCGGUGAUGGAACGUACCAAGCAUACCUUCCUGGUGGGGGAAUCAGCUUCAGUGUUUGCAGAAAAUAUGGGAUUUCCUGUCGAAGAUUUAAGCACCAACCACUCGCUCGAUAUUUUCACAAAAUGGCUGAAGGACAGCUGCCAGCCAAAUUAUCGUCAGAACGUGUCUCCUGACCCUUCAAAGUCAUGUGGUCCAUACAAACCACACACCAUGUUGCAACAAAGGAGGAGGCACCAACUCAUCGAUAUCCAUGCCCAUGACACUAUUGGGAUGAUCGUGAUCAAUCAGGCAGGACAGGUGGCUGCUGGAACUUCCACUAACGGCGCAAGCCACAAGAUUCCGGGCCGUGUGGGGGAUUCGCCCAUCGCUGGGGCGGGGGCCUAUGCUGACAGCACCGUUGGGGGUGCGGCUGCCACGGGAGACGGGGACAUUAUGAUGCGUUUCCUCCCGAGUUACCUGGCUGUGGAGCAGAUGAGAGCCGGCGUAGACCCGCCCACCGCCUGCAGAACCGCCAUCACGCGCAUCAAGAAGCACUUCCCUCACUUCUUUGGCGCCAUCGUCUGUGCAAACACGACAGGGAGCUACGGAGCCGCUUGCAACAAACUUCCUGGAUUCUCUCAAUUUCCUUUUAUGGUGUUCAACCAGAAAUCGAAUGUGCCAGUAAAAGAAAUGGUGGACUGUGUAUAACACCUACUUCUCUCUCAUUCCCUUCUGUCGGUUCAAAGCCUGAUCUCUGAAACAUGAUGUACUCAUUUUUAAAGUGUAUUACAAAGUUUUACCAUUUGAUAUGAGUAUGUGUGUGUGUGUGUGUGGGAUCACAUGACAGAAUGCAGGAAUCAUGGAUGGAAUUAUUUUGGAACACUGCUCAUUUAGUUUCUGUGAAACAUGGAUGAGCAUUUGUAAUUUAGUCAUUUUAAAUCAGUCAUUCAAUUUUAAUGCUUUGCAUAUUGCUGUCCAUAAUCUGUAUAUCCAAAUGAUUCAUCUUGCUAGUUUAAUUUACCACAUUGAACACAAUAUGUUUGAAUGUACAGUAACUUCAUAAUAAAAAUAAAGAGGCCAUUUUGAGAAAAUGUGAAAGUAAAAUUUAUUUUAUAUUUGAAUAUUAUCUGCAGUUUACUUAAAAUCUUUCAAAUAAAAUGAAAAUUUACACAAUUUA